AAGCAAAGCUCGCAUCGAUGCAUUCAACCUUCUGCUUCUUAGCAGCAAACUGCGUGGCUUCAGGAGGGUCGGAUUCGCUCCAAAGCUUUGAGCAAUAGUCGGCGGGUUCAUAGACUUGAACGUCGUCGACACGAGGUUGUUGAGUCACUGUUGCCGUCGUGUGCGUCGUUUGCCAAGAUGAAGGUAUCGAGCGGUAGGUGUAAGUGUGCGAGUAGUCCAUGUCGACGGAUUCGUGAUUUCGCUUGCCGUUGCCCGUGUUGCAUGUGUUGAGAGAUUGGCUCGCGGUUGGGACAGAUGGAUGGGCGGCAUGAGAGGCAGCGGCCGAGGAUGUUCGGGUCAUGACCGGUGCGUGGGAGUUGCCACCGUCCAGAUUUCGCGAAUCCUGUAAUGAUCAGUCAAAAGGGCCAGCGUGCCAGUCACCAAGUGAGAAAGCUCCUACAAGAGGCGCGAGACGUGAGUCAAGAGCCAGAGCCAGAUGCAUGCCUGCCAGUUCCUGAUGUACGCAGCGAGGGGUCGCGCGGGCGUUGUUGGCGCUGAGGCUGGUGGCGAUGGGGUCGCCGCAGUGUGGUGCCGUGCCGUGAGUGCCGUGUCCGAUGUGCGCCAUGGGCCAGGCGAGUGGUGAUGAUGGCGUGUGGUCCAGUUCCGAGUUGCCGAUCGAGUGAGACAUAGUGUUCGGUCAGUGAAUAACUCAAAUGUCUAUCUGCCACCGCGAUGUAGAAUACUGGCGAGUGUUGGGGGGGUGCUUGUGUAUAAUGGGAAUGGCAAUGGCAAUGGCAAUGGCUAUGGCAACGGCAAAGGCAGUGGCAAUGGCGAUGCUACCAAUGGUUCUGAAGUGGCAGAGAAAAGAUGAGGCGGCGGGAAUGCGAGUGAGAUCAGAGGGAGGGACAGCAGCAGUUGCCAGUUGCGCAGGAAGCAACUUCAAGCAAGCAAGCGCAGGCCAAGACGACGCUAGAUGGAUCAGGACCGGGGAGCGGGAAGUUGGGUUGGCAGAGAAUGGGAAGGCAGCGAAUGGCGGGCGGCGGGCGGCGGGCGGCGGGCGCGCGCGAAUGAAGCGCUGGCCGCAGCUUCCUGCUUUGGCUUUGCUUCCUGACGCAAGAGAUCCUUUUCGCACGCACACUCCCUGGUGGACGGUGAUGGCAGUGGCGAUGGAGGCCGUGUCUAUGGAUAGUAGUAUGGAUGUCGUCGCCCUCAUCUCACUCACAUUAUUUGGAAACAUCCCAGUGUGUGUAUACAAACUUCAAGCCGUCUGCAUAUGCACUCUCGUCACUGGUGCGAUUGCGCGGGGGCUCAGCGUAGCCAUGUACUACUCGAACACCCUCGCAUUGCCUCUGACUGGACGCGCGCCUGCAAAGCCUCUGGAGUCUGUCAUACAUGAUCACAUACAUACAUACAUGAAGAAGUCUCGCCGUUGCGUCACCUCCAGGCUCCCGGCACCCUUUCCGCCUUUCCGAUGCGAUGCGAUCGUCCAGGUCUUGGCAAAUGCUCGCACGAUCAUCCCGACUUCAUCCCCUGUAAAAACUCGUCGCCAUCCGGCGUUCUUAGCAUAUGGAAGCCGCUCUGUAGGCGCGUUAAACCCCUUCGACUCGAACGCAUACAAAUUCGUGGGUCUUGGCGGGAACACAGAAACCGAGGUGCCAGUAUACAGAUACCUGAAACAAGGAGUACUACGUCGACAAGUCCCCACCAGGAACUCAGCUCACGGCGAGAGUCCCGCGCCAUGUGAAGAUGCAUCUUGCAUUGUUCACUGCAAAAACUCCCGCCAGAAUGGAAGACCGGAAGCUCUACAGUACGCUAUUUGGAACGACUAUCCAGCUGAAGUUCGCGUCAAUGACACAGUAGACUAUUCCUGCUUGUGUUUCAGAUAUUCGGGGUCCUCGUCCUCGGCAUCAGAGCUUUGA